AUGGCCAAGUGGAAGAAACCUGGAUGGAAGUUUUACUUCCUCUGCGUCUUCAUCCUCUCCGUUGUGGUUCUCAUCUUCUCUGGGACAAACAGGGCUGCCCUAGACCCGUUUCGAAUCCUGCGUCAGGUGCCAAACACAUGCCCCCAGCGGAUAUCUGACCAGACCAUCACCCCUCUCAGCGAUACAAAGCAUUUGCUGGUGUCAGCAUACAUGGACCAGAGGGUGAAAGGCUCGGGUAUACGCAUUAUAAGCAUUUUCAGAAGAGACUCCAUCCAACCCCUUGACUGUCUUUUCUGCUGCAUGGGGGUUUUGUCCGGUGCAACUACUCAAGCAAAAAUUAAAGAGCACUCUGACAACUUUGGGUUCCCAUUUGUCACUACGGACGUCUUGUGUCAGAUUCCACAAAACUGUAACGCCACACAUGUCAGUCUUCUUCCUAUGACUCGUUUGAUGGGAUCAUCGCUGACUUGGCUUCCCAUAAGAAAUAAGAAGAGUAGUGGGGAGGACGAAAAAAAGACACGGUUUGAUUUUACCGUCUGCAUCUCCAACCUGUUUGAAUUCGACAACGUACUGCAGUAUGCACAGGCCCUGGAGAUGUACAGGUCAGCACCUUUCUCAGUAUGCAUCUCCUGCAAGAGCAAGACAUGAUUACGGUGAUAACGCCACAAACCACAAGAGCAUUACAUGGCCAAAUAGAGUGAUUUAGGGCAUCCACAAUGCUGCAUGUUAAAACGGCUGAUGGGUGGCAUGGAUAGUAUUAUCAUGGUUUAUGCAAAUAAAUGGCAGGAUGUGGGGUUUUCAGUGCAAUUUGUGUUGCAUUUACUCUUGCUGAACACUAAGUAGACACAUGACAACUCGAAUUUUGUGAGACAGGGACUCCACUAGACCUAUGAAUGUGUGCUGAUGUGUCAAGCUCCAAAACGUUAACUGCAGAUCCUUUAAUGGGAUAUUCCAGCGUAAAAUUAAGUUAGGGUCGCAACACAGCCCCUCGAGAGAUGAAUGUUGCCAACUGCUUGCUUCUCUAAUUAUACCAACUUUAGUAAUGAUCGCAGAAUAGCAAUACAGAGAGACAUGCGCUCAACCAAAACGCCACUCUUUAGCCACAAAUAAUGCUCAGAACAGCACCUAACUUCAUCAACAGUACAUAUAGGGUCCCAGCCACAGCACUAGUCACCAAACAUCUUUUUAACUUUGCCUGAUUUCUUUAGCAAAGAGACUAAACACAACUCACCUACUCUCUUCCAGCAGCCGCUUGUUUGUAGUGAGACCUCAGGUGAGUCCAUCGACUGCAGCGGGGUGACGCAGCUCAAGGAAGAACAUUUAUGAUCAUUUCUUCAUGGAAAUGCAAUCACACCGAGACGUUAAGGCAAAAGAACUACUGCGUCUGCAGUGCAAAAUGAUUAAUAUGGUGAUUAUUACUUGACAAAGAAAUGAUCAUAAAUGUUCUUACUUGAGCUGCCUCCCCCCACUGCAGUCGAUGGACUCGCCCGAGGUCUCGCUACAAACAAGCAGCUGCUGGAAGAGAGUAGGUGAGUUGUGUUAAGUCUCUGUAAAGUGGUGUUUUGCUAUCGUGCGGUCAUUGCUAAAGUUGGUAUAACUAGAGAAGCAAGCGGUUGGCAACAUUCAUCUCUCGAGGGGGUGUCUAACUUAGUGUAUGGUGUGUUUGACCCUAAAUUUAUUUUACGCUGGAAUAUCCCUUUAAGUCCCCUAAGUUGUGAGGUGGGGCCUCUCUUCAUAGAUGCUUGGCUGCUUGAACCUCUGUUUUUCUUCCUCUACACAUUCGUUCAUCUCUCACCCCUCUCUCUUUUGGCUGUGGGGGAGGCAGGUGUUGUACAUUUUAGCUGAACUUGCAUGCUGUACAUUUAUUGUAUCCGCAUCAAAGUUAGAGCGGACGAUGAUGUUUAUUGUGUCCCACUGAGUCUUUGCCAGGUUUACCAGUGGCCCCACAGUUCAGAGAAUUCUGGUGGCACAGCCUCUUUCAGUCCCGUCCAUCACAAUGCAGAAGCCCACCAGUUACACACACUCAUAUCAGUGCGCAAUUUAUAUAGAUCAGAUCUGCUUUGUUCACAGCUUAAUUUCCCAAAGUACCAUCUGGUUGCCUUUUAAUUCCGUUGUGACAAACCCCGAGACCAAGAAAUGGCCUGUCAGGUUAGCACUUAAGCUCGGGGUUUUCUUGUCAGGCUGUAAAUUUGCUUUGACUCAACCUGAAAUCAUUUUUGUGAACUUUAACGGUGUCGUGCCUCUUUGCUCCAGGCUGCUGGGUGUGGACAGGGUAGUGAUCUACAACACCAGCUGCGGUCCAGACCUCAACCGCUUGCUGAAAAGCUACAGCCUGGAGGGCUUUGUGGAGCUGGUGCCCUGGCCCAUCAACACGCACCGCAAUUCAUCUCGAGGCCGGCUGUUCUCAACGCACAGAGGGGAUGUGUACUACUUCGGCCAGUUGGCGAUGCUAAACGAGUGCGUUUACAGAUCCAUGGACCGCUCUCGCUACGUCCUGCUGCACGACAUCAACGAGAUUAUGAUGCCCUACCAACAUGAUAGCCUUAAAGCUCUAAUGGACACGCUCCAAAAAGAACAUCCCAGAGUAGGUACUCGGUUUGAUUCCAUGUUUGAUGUUUUCUUAUAAGUCUUAUUUGCACUGUUUUGAAUCUGCAGGUUGGGGUUUUUCUCAUUGAAAGCCACACGUAUAUCAAGAAACCCUUAGAGGAAGCUGAACACAACCUUCUCCAUCAAUGGCCUGGGGUCUCAGGCUCUAAUAUUCUGGAGAACAUCUACAGGGUGGAGGCUAACAGAUCUACAUAUUUCCAGCCAUACAAGCUGAUAGUUCAGCCAAGGUGACAAACUUUUUCUCUACUUCUCCUGCUUCAUCGCACUUUCUUUUUUCUGUACCUCCUAUUAGCGUACUGAACUUCAAAUGUCGAUGCUCUGUCAGGAUGGUGGCGCAGAUUCGGCGCCAUUCGGUGCUCAGGAAGUUCGGAGAGCAGUUCAAGAUCCCCCCAGAGCUGUGCCACGUGAUCCACUGCCAGUCGGGCAAUUCCUCCGCUCACCCGCCCGAAAAGAUCCACGUGGACACGAGGCUGUGGGACUUUAACAACAAGCUGAUCCCACAUGUGAAUGAGGUGCUGAGAAAAGCGGGUCUGCUGGGCUCACAGAUGGCCAGCUGA